AUUCACUAGUCUUCCAAAUCGCAAGCUCUGAUGAUAAAGGAAAAGAAAGCUGCACCCUCCCCAUUAGGAUCAUUCAUGUGCAGACAUGGGCAACAAACCUUCAAGGCGUUAUCAACCAAAGGGAGAUGAGAGCACUGUUUUUAUUUCCAAGAAGAAUGAUGUUUACAGGAUACCUGCUCUUUUCUACGAUAGAGAUAGAAAAAUCCUGAUGGCCUUUGCAGAGAAGCGGAAGACGUCAGAUGAUGCCAGCUCAGUAGCCAUUGUCAUGAAGACAGGAAUAUUUAAGGAGGAUGAAACCACCCAUAAAGUGACAGUGAAGUGGUCAGAGCUCAAACUGUUGAAGGAGGCCCAUCUUCACAGACACCGCCCCAUGAGCCCCUGCCCGCUGUAUGAGAAAACCAGUAAGACACUCUUCCUCUUCUUCAUGUGUGUCGAAGGCACUAUUACAGAGCAGUGUCAGAUACGCCACAACUGCAACAAAGCCCGUCUCUGCUACAUCACAUCUAAAGAUGGCGGACAAAGUUGGAGUAAAGUGACUGAUCUGACCUGCAAGUUUGAUGAAAUCAAAAGCUGGGCCACGUUUGCUGUCGGGCCCGGCCAUGGUAUCCAGACAGACGGCGGUAGAUUGAUUGUCCCAGUUUACGCCUAUGCUUCUUGCUGUUGCUCAUGUUGUCAUUGUUGUUUAUGCUGUGGCUCAUGUCGCCCAACUCCAAAUGCUCUCUAUCUGUACAGCGAUGAUAAGGGCAAAACAUGGCAAUUUGUCCAUAAACUUCAGACUGAGUCCUUAGAGUGUGAAAUGGCAGAGUUUUUUGAUGAGGGAGGAAAUAGCAAAAUCUACUGCAAUGCCCGCAGUAAGGGGGGAAACCGAGUGGAGGCUAUUCUUCACAAUGACAGGGCUGGUUUGAUCCCCCUCCUGCCUACUGUCAAGCUUGUGGAAACAGGUGGAGGCUGUCAGGGAAGUGUGGUGUCCUUUCCUGUUCAAAGUGAAGCUGCUGGUGUAGAUGAUGAUCAGAACCAGAACCCAAACAAGUGGCUGCUUUUCACCCACCCGAGCAAUAGGUCCAAACGCACAGAUUUAGGGGUGUAUUUGAACAAAUUUCCAAGCGACCCAAAUGCAUGGAGCAAACCCUGGAUCAUUAAUAGUGGACCCAGUGCUUACUCAGACCUGGCUUACACUGGUGAUGGAUGGUUUGCUUGUCUGAUGGAGCGUGGGAAGCACAGUGAGAUUGAGCAGAUAGCCUGCAAGGUUUUCAGCUACAAUGAUGUAAAGCAGGGCAUUGGUAAGUGAUAUACUGUCACUUUAUCAUGUCACAGCAUACUCAAUGACACCAAAACAGAAACAUUUUGUUUACUCACGCAAGAUUACAAAAAAACUGUUGUUUAAAACAAAAAAAGAUGAUUCACUAACAGACUGUGUUGUAUGACAUGCUUAUACAGAAAAUAUAAGGUAUUAGAGGUUUUAUUGGUUUAUAAAUAGUACAAAUCAAUUUUAACUUCAUGUAUAAGAUAAUCUUUUGUGAUCUGUACUUAUAUUGGAUGUGUUUUGUGCUGUAUUCCUUGUUUUACACUUAUGUGACAUGUACAUUUCUUUGUGAGGAUUAAUAAAAUA